AUGUCUUCCGACGACUUAGCCACGCUGUUUGCCCAGCCGGCCCUUGCGGCCCCAGAAGGCGUCACCCCUAACUUCGACAAUCCUCCGAACCACAACAGCUUGGCUUUAGGCAUUAUCACUGUUUGCACUGUGAUUGCCACCCUAUGUAUGUGCUUGCGCAUCUAUGUGCGGAUCUGGCUGGAUCGUUCCAUUCGUCUCGAGGAUGUUCUGAUGGUCGGUGCCUUUGGCUCCUACUGGGGCACUGCCUAUGCCGGCUACGAGAUGAUUCAUACACCGGGUUAUUUCGUCCACCAAUGGAAUCUCCAGAUGGGCGAUCUUGUCCGACCUCUAUAUCUGAUCCUCAUCUACGGCUGUUGCUACUCAGCCGUCCUUCCCCUAAUCAAGUCUGCCAUCCUCCUCGACUGGUGUCGGAUCUUCGUGCCCGUUGAUGGCGCCAAAACCCCCUUUUGGUGGGCUUGCAUGGCGGUCUCGGCAUUGCAGUGUCUCUGGGGUGUGUUGUGCGUGAUUCUGUUGAACGCGCAGUGCCGCCCGCAUCGAGCAAUCUGGGAGUUCUACCUUCCUAGCAAGUGCUACUCCCUGCCGAACGUGAUGCUCUGUUCCGCCGCCGUACAAGUCUUCUCUGAUAUCACCAUGUUCCUGCUUCCGCAGAGGAUGAUCUGGGGACUGCAGAUGAGCUGGCAGAAGAAGAUGGGUAUCUCGGUUAUCUUCGGUGCGGGUAUUCUCGCCUCUAUCGCCGCGUGCUUCCGCCUCGCUCACACUGUCUCCUUCGCCAAAACCGCCGACCAGAUGUACAUGAUCGCCCCGUUGCUAUUCUGGGCCUUCGCAGAGAUGGCUUGCGGGUUCUUCAUCUUCAGCAUGCCCUGCCUAUCCAAGCUGCUCAUGGACAGCGGGCUGCGGCGGAAGUUGCGCAUCAGCGACUACUGGCGCAGCCGUACGCAGUCAUCUGUCCAGAACUUACAGUUCCGGCCCCCAGCCGCGGGCCAACAGGUCGCCAAAGCGUGGCGCACGUCCGAGAGCUCCUACGCGCGCCUCGAGGAAGGCGAGAUUCCGCUGACCAGCCCACGGACAGACGUCACGGUGACGAGCACGCCGAGUCCGUCGUCAGAGACGGCUCUGGCUGAGAGUUUGGGCCGGUGGAAACGCUCGCAGUCGUGA